AAAGGUAAAGCUGCACCUUUUGUAGCCAUGAGGGUGCUUCUGCAGUUGGGUUUGCUGGCUCUGGGGGCUGUCUGUGUCUGUGCCAUCCCCAAGCAGAGUGCCACUCUGAGGGCGCUGGUAAGAGAGACCCUGACUCUGCUUUCUACUCAUCGAACUCUGCUUAAAGGCAAUGAGACUCUGAGGAUUUCUGUUCCUGCACAUAAAAAUCACCAACUAUGCAUUGAAGAAAUCUUCCAAGGAAUUGACACACUGAAGAAUCAAACUACACAAGGGGAAGCUCUGGCAACACUAUUCCAAAACUUGUCUUUAAUAAAAAAACACAUUGACCUCCAAAAGCAAAAAUGCGGGGAGGAGCGACGGAGAGUGAAGCAGUUCCUGGAUUACCUGCAAGAAUUUCUUGCUGUCAUAAACACGGAAUGGACAAUUGAAGGCUGAGACCAAACUGGCUGAUUGUAUCCAGAGAUUUUGGGUUUUUCAAAAAUCAAACUUUUUUUUUAGCAGAUACAUAAAAAAAAUUGUACAUGUUUUAAUGGGGUACCAUGUGGUAUUUUCAUACGUGUUUA